CCCUUCCCACGCCCCAGUGCGCUGUGGGAUAGUGCCUCUAUAAAGUGUACCCUCUCUCGGAGCACGAUAAGAAGCCCGAGACAGGAGGGGGAUGAAGAUGGCGGACGCCAAACAGAAAAGGAAUGAACAGUUAAAGCGAUGGCUGGGCUCGGAGACGGAUCAGGAGCCUCCUGUUCUGAAAAAGAAGAAGACGAAGGUGAAGUUCGAUGAUGGCGCCGUGUUUCUGGCCGCCUGCUCAAGCGGUGAUACCGAGGAGGUGCUCCGUCUGCUUGACCGGGGCGCUGACAUCAACUACGCCAAUGUAGACGGUCUUACUGCGCUCCACCAGGCUUGCAUAGAUGACAACAUUGACAUGGUGACAUUCCUGGUGGAACACGGAGCCAGCGUCAACCAGCCUGACAAUGAGGGAUGGAUCCCCCUCCAUGCUGCAGCUUCUUGUGGAUACCUAGACAUAGCAGAGUAUCUGAUCAGCCAAGGCGCUAAUGUUGGAGUUGUGAACAGUGAGGGGGAGACGCCUCUGGACAUCGCUGAGGAGGAACCAAUGGAGGAACUUCUACAAAAUGAGAUUAACCGACAAGGGUUGGACAUAGAGGCUGCCCGAAAAGAGGAGGAGCGCAUCAUGCUGAGAGAUGCCCGGCAAUGGCUGAACAGCGGUCAGAUUCAAGACACCAGGCACGCGAAGUCGGGAGGAACGGCGCUCCAUGUAGCCGCUGCCAAAGGAUACGUGGAGGUUUUAAAGCUUUUAAUCCAAGCAGGUUAUGACAUAAAUAUUAAGGACUAUGAUGGCUGGACGCCUCUCCACGCAGCGGCACACUGGGGCAAAGAGGAGGCGUGUAGAAUACUCGUGGAGAAUCUGUGCAACAUGGAGCUUGUUAAUAAAAUGGGCCAGACGGCUUUUGAUGUAGCUGAUGAAGAUGUUCUGGGAUAUUUAGAAGAGCUACAAAAGAAACAAAACCUGCUGAUGAGGGAGAAGAAGGAUGCUAAAAAGUCUCCUUUGAUUGAGGUGACAACCACAGGGGACAACAACCAAUCACUGAAACCACUCAAAAGCAAAGAAACGCUGCUUCUGGAGCCGGAAAAGACUGCGCCGCGCAUCGAGACCUUAGAACCGGAGAAGGUGGACGAAGAGGAAGAGGGGAAGAAGGACGAAUCAAGCUGCUCGAGUGAGGAGGAGGAGGAGGAAGAUUCAGAGUCUGAAACUGAAGCAGACAAGAGCAAGCCUCCAGCAGUGGUGACCAGCAGCACAACGACAACUACGACCCCAGCCACCGUCAGCACGUCGUCUCCAACGAGUCCAACAAAUCAGGUGACGACGCCCACUUCACCAGUUAAGAAGGUCGUUCAGCCUGCCGGAAAAGUCUCAACCAAAGUGGAGGAGGACAGGAAGGACGAGUCUCCGGCUUCGUGGCGUUUGGGUUUGAGGAAGACAGGCAGCUACGGCGCGCUCUCUGAGAUCACAGCCACAAAGGAAGCUCAGAGGGAAAAGGACACUACAGGCGUGAUGCGGUCGGCCUCCAGCCCUCGCCUCACCUCAUCCCUGGACAACAAAGAAAAAGAAAAGGAGAAAGACAAAGGAACCCGACUUGCGUAUGUGGCCCCAACCGUCCCCAGGAGACUUGCCAGUACUUCAGACAUCGACGAGAAGGAAAACAGGGACUCUACAGCUCUGAUACGUAGCGGCUCAUACACCCGGCGACGCUGGGACGACGACCUGAAGAACAGCGAAGGAAGCUCCUCCACCAACCGGACCUCCAGCUACCAGCGCAGCACGUCCCAUACUCUAGCGCUGGGGCGGAGCGGCAGCACGCGGGACGUGCCAGCCAAGUCUUCGUCAACCUCCAGCUUGGAUCCUAACACCUGUAAUACUAAACCCUGGCAGCCACCCUCCUCCCACUACCCGUCCUACAGCAUUUACCGCAGCGGCUCUUUCGGCAGAAGACACGAGGACCUGAGCUCCUCCACCUCCUCCACAGCCACCACCACCUCCUCGUCUGUUACCUCGCCCACUGGCCACCGCGGCCUCCUCUCCAGCCUGGGGUCCUCUUCCACCCGAACUGGCUUCACCAGUCUCACCAGCAGGUACUGGUCAGAGGAGAGUGCAGAGAGGGAAAAGGAGAAGGAAAAGGACUCGGCUGCUGUUAUACCCACUAUAAAUACUGGCUCUACCACAACCACCACGUCUACCACUACCACCACCGCCAUAUCCACCACUACUGCCCUCACUGGCAUCGGCACCGGCCCAGAACGACGCAGGUCGUACCUGACACCGGUGCGAGACGAGGAGUCGGAGUCUCAGAGGAAAGCUCGAUCUAGACAGGCCCGGCAGUCGAGGCGCUCCACCCAGGGUGUGACUCUUACUGACCUGCAAGAGGCUGAAAAAACAAUUGGCAGGAGUCGUCCCCAAAAGACCCGCGAAGAGGAGAAGGAGGAGAAAGAGAAGCAAGACAAGGAGAAACAGGAGGAGAAGAAGGAGACGGAGACCAAGGAGGAUGAUUACCGAUCGAAGUACCGGAGCUUUGAAGAGCGUUAUCGGUCUGCGUCUUCGUCCUCCUCCUCUUCCAUUUCCACCGUCAGCACUGCCUCCACUGCUCCCUACUCCAGCUCUUCUUUGUCCUCUGGGUCCAGCGCCCUCAACAGGCCCAACAGUCUGACAGGGAUCACCUCAUCUUACAGCAGGUCCUCUCGAGACACAGAAAAAGAAUCAGACCAAAAGGAUGAGGAGAAGGAAGGGGAGGACAAGUCUCAGCCCCGCUCCAUACGGGAUCGCAGGCGGCCCCGGGAGAAGAGACGCUCCACUGGGGUGUCCUUCUGGACUCAAGAUGGUGGAGAUGAUGACCCUGAGCAGCAGUCGGACUCUGAGGAGGGCAGCACCAGGGGAGAACCGCAGAGUGACAGAUUGUCCAGAAAUGAGAGCACUUCAUAUUUAGAUCGCAACGAUGCUCUUUUUAGCCGUAGUUAUGGUGAGAGUCGAAGGCCGUACUCCAGCCGACUGGAUAGAGACGACACCACCGACUACAAAAAGCUCUAUGAGCAGAUCUUAGCUGAGAACGAGAAGCUGAAGGCCCAGUUACGCGACACUGACCUGGAGUUGACAGACUUGAAGUUACAGCUAGAGAAAGCUACACAGAGGCAGGAACGCUACGCUGACCGAUCCCAGCUUGAGAUGGAGAAAAGGGAAAGAAGAGCUCUAGAAAGGAAGAUUUCUGAGAUGGAGGAGGAACUCAAGAUGCUCCCAGACUUGAAAGCAGACAACCAGAGACUAAAGGACGAGAACGGAGCGCUCAUUCGAGUCAUUAGCAAGCUUUCCAAGUAGAAACCAACCCCCCCGCCCCACCCUGCCCUGCCCGGUCUUCUGCACCCGCUAGUCCCCAUGGCAGCGACUAAUGGAAUUGCACAUUUAGAUAUUAAUUGCAACAGACAUCAGAGACGAGACUCCUCCUUUUGCUUUCUGUUCCUUCCGGCUCUCCCUUUUUGCUCCUUCACCACCACCACCACUGCAGCAUCCAUCCAUCCGUUCAUCCAUCCUCCUCGGCUGUGGUUCUCUCGAUUGGUGUGGCUGCUGCUCUGACAGAAGUGCUGAGUUUACAGAGCAAAAAGGAAGGAAGGGUUGUGUGAGAGCAAUGUGGGCGGGGAAGCCUGAAAACUAUUUAACCAAUAAGCCUUAGUUGUACAUAAAAAGAAAAAAAACACUUGCAUUGAUCUCCUCUCUCAGCUAUCACUGAAGAACAGAUAUUAUCCUUCACCUGAUUUUUACUUGUGCCACAUUCUUUUUGUUGCUGUUUUUUUAAAUUUUUGCUUCCUUUUCCUCUAAACGUGUUGUGUGCUGUGCGGUUCCCACAUUCACUCCUCCAUCUUUUUUUUUUUUUUUUUUUUAAGAGCUAUUUCUGCCUGACAACUGCUCCCUGUGGCUUCUCUCACCUAAUUUAUCCUGAUUAUUUGUUUUCCUCCCCUCUCUUAAGCACACACCUUCGCCCCUCCCCCCGUCCUCGUCCCCCGUCCUCGUCCCUCUCUGCGUCUUCCUCCAAGAGGGAGACAUUCGAAUUCUCGCAGAUCUGGUGGAGUUUAAGCUUUCACUGUAUGUGCAAUAUGCAUUUUUUUUUCUCUUCGCUUUCUUCUUAAAAAUGCUUUAAUGAGUCCAUCACAAGUAGGAUUUUCACUCCUGACGCUUCAAUCUCUCUCUCUCUCUGCUCCUUUUUUUCUUUUUAUUUUAAGUUUGUAGUCGGUUUAUACUCUGUAUUUCUCACUUUGUUUUAGCAGGUACUGAGUGAUUCUGUAAAUACCUGUAUGUAUUUUGUUUGAGAGCAGCACAUGGCAUGCGUUUAUGGAUCCUGUCUGUUACUAUUAAAAGUAUACAAAUUCUUUUUUUUUCCUCCCCUUUUUUUUGUUUUUGUUUUUUGGUUCACAUCAUGGUGAAAUUUAAAGAGUAAUCGCUUCACUACAUUUCACUUUCAUUGUAUUCAGUAUCUUGGACGAGUGCUGUUAAUUUUGUUUCCCAUUCUUUUAAAAAAGCUGUAGUAUUAUAGGCAAGGUAUUGUCACUAAAAUAAAAUGUUUGAAAAAAAAAAAAUAAAAUAAAAGGAUAUCUUAGAUAUUGCUAACCCAGUCCUUUCUACAACGUCUACAUGCACUGUCAAUGCCAUGUGAGGAGUCUUGUGAGGUUGAAGCGAAACGCCACCAUCAGCUGUUCCACUCAACAUUUUAUGCAUUUCAGUGGCCUUUUAAGGAAGUUUUAGUCCAAUAAGUUUAAAGAAGGAUCACUGCAGAUGGACUGAUUGCUGUCUGCUCUGGCAUAGGCUUUUUUCCCCCUUUUUUUCUGUCAUAUUGUAAAAUAGGUGUGUGGCUUAAUACAUGCAAACUGUGCUGUGACUACCAACCACUGAAGAGUUAAUUAAAAAUAAACUUGUACAUUUUAAAGUU